GGGGCUUGCUGCUGUUGCUGUGUCUCAGCUGUUUCUGAAGCUGGAAGAAACAUGCCGAAAAUGGCUCAUCAGAGAACACAUUUAGUGCUGGAGAAUUACAUCGGUGGGAAAUUCGUGCCGUGCUCCAGGCAUCUCGAUUCCUACGACCCUUCCUCUGGAGAUGUGUAUUGCAGAGUGCCAGACAGUGGGAAGGAGGAGGUGGAUGCUGCUGUCAAAGCUGCCAAAGAUGCCUUCCCUGCAUGGUCAGCGAAAAGUCCUUUGCAACGAUCCCAGGUACUACAUAAACUGGCAGACCUGAUAGAGGCCCAUCUGGAGGAAUUUGCUCAAGCAGAAUCGAAAGACCAAGGAAAAACAAUAACUGCAGCCCGAAGCAUGGAAAUACCUCGAGCAGUUUAUAAUUUCCGUUUCUUUGCCUCAAUUAUCCUGCACUAUACAACCGAAUGUGCAGAGAUGGACCAUAUGGGAUGCACAAACUUCACCACACGGACUCCGGUGGGAGUAGCUGGCCUUAUCAGUCCUUGGAAUUUACCACUGUAUCUCUUGACCUGGAAGAUAGCUCCAGCCAUUGCCACAGGCAACACUGUGGUUGCCAAGCCCAGUGAAAUGACAUCAGUCACUGCUUGGAUGAUGUGCAAGCUCUUGGAUGAAGCAGGUGUUCCACCUGGAGUUGUGAACAUCGUGUUUGGGACUGGCCCACAGGCUGGGGAGGCAAUUGUCUCUCACCCUGAUGUGCCACUAAUCUCCUUCACUGGGAGCACAGUCACUGCUCAGCAUAUCCAAGAGAAGAGUGCUCCAUUCUGUAAGAAGCUCUCUCUGGAGCUGGGAGGGAAAAACCCAGCCAUCAUCUUUGAUGAUGCAAACCUUGAUGAAUGCAUUCCAACCACCGUGCGAUCCAGCUUUACUAACCAGGGUGAAGUCUGCCUGUGUACAAGCAGAAUUUUUGUACAAAAGAACAUUUAUGCUGAGUUUCUGGAGAAGUUUGUCAAGAGUGCCAGGAAAUGGAAGGUUGGCAUUCCGUCUGACCCAACUGCCAACAUGGGUGCUCUCAUUAGCAAAGAACAUCUCGAAAAGGUAAAGGGCUAUGUCAAUCUAGCCAAAAAUGAAGGAGCUAAAAUCCUCUGUGGUGAAGGAAUUGAUUCCCUGGACAUUCCUGACAAAAACAAAACGGGCUAUUUUUUAUUGCCCACAGUAAUCACAGACAUAAAGGACAGUUCACGCUGUAUGCAAGAGGAAAUCUUUGGUCCAGUGACCUGCAUAGUUCCCUUUGAAACUGAGGAGGAGGUUGUUCGACGAGCAAAUAAUGUGAAGUAUGGCUUGGCUUCUACCGUGUGGUCACGUGAUGUGGGCCGGAUACACCGGGUUGCCAAGAAGCUUCAUACCGGAAUGGUAUGGACCAAUUGCUGGCUUAUUCGUGACCUGAAUUUGCCAUUUGGUGGCAUGAAAGCUUCCGGAGUUGGCAGGGAAGGGGGUAAAGACUCGUUUGAGUUUUUCACAGAGGUCAAAACUAUUACAAUAAAACACUGACUCUCCACACACAGUGAGUGACACAUUAAAAAAUAAAAAAUAUUGUUUUGAAUGUCAAAAGAUUGGAUCAUGUUCUUUAAAUUCUAUCUAUCAAUUAUAAAUACAUAAAACAAUGUGCUAUCCAAUGUCUUUAAUGAUGGUAACAUACCUCACCCCAGGCAAUGGGCAGAGAUAUGUCACAGAUUCGGUGUGUGGAGCACACAGAUACGUUUAGUUAUAUCAAAAUUACAAGAGGUGUAACCCUUCAAGAAAAUAAGCUGACAACUACUUGCCCUCUGUGCCACCUGAAGGAGACAGAAAGAUAGACAUAGGUCAGGAGUACAAAUGCCUUGAGACAGAAGUUCCUUACUAGUAGUAAUACUUUAUCACAGUGAUGUAUCGUGAUUGUUCAGGAACAAAUAGAGCCUUCUCAUCAUGUUGUACUUGAUCUGCAGUAUUGUUCAUAUAUUGUGACAGAAGCAAUGCCUUAAGAAUAUAUUAAAUUGUUUAUCUGCUGAACACAUAAGUAAA